AUGUUCAGCCAACAGGUAAUGAGAUUGUCCACAAGAAGAGCCUUUUCUGCUUCUUCCAUAGCUCGUGUACACUUUAAGGAAGGUGUAUACAGCAAUCUACCAUUUAAGAUUCACAACAGAAAGAUCCCAUUCGCUCUAGUGCAUUUCGGUUUCUUCGGUGUCGGUUUCGCUGUUCCAUUUAUUGCAUGUUACGUCCAAAUGAAGAAAGCUGGUAACAUUUAA